AUGAAUAAGGAUGGAUUUGAUAAAUUUGAUGAAGAUAUUUCAACGAGUAGACCAUUGGAACAUUUUCACCAAUAGAAUGAAGCACCUCAAUCUAAGAAUUAUAAUUUUCUUGUCGUUUAAAAAUUGAAUGUAGAAGGACCAAGUGUCUUACAAAAAUGCAUUGUCAAGCCACUUCAACAAGUAGGCUAGACAGCAGUUGAAAACACAAAGAACGCCGUCUUGUAAAUCCCAUCAUUUUUUAAAUGGGGAGCUAAGGAAUUGCUCAAUAAAUUACACUCUACAUUUCAUAAUUCUCCUGAAGAAUAACAACCUCAAAUUGAGUAGCAAUAGCAAUUAGAGCAAAACAUACCUGAAGACACCAGCAUAGAUGAUAUUCCUGUUGUGUUUGUUGUGCCAAAGGAGAUUAUGGAAGGACCAAUUAAAGAAAGAAUAUUGUGGAUUGAGAAACAUAGAAAUGAUUGCGAAGUUUUCAUUCCACUAGAAAAACCAUUAAAAUUGAAUAAUUUUAAUGGUGUUGGCAGCUCAUCAUCUUCUUCAAAUGGACCUGAUGAUUUUGAUUACGAAGUCAGAAGAAUUUCAUAAGAAUUUUAAGGAUAAGACACUUAAUCUGAAUUAUUCCCAUCUACAUAAGUGAUGAAAACAAAGUUAAUGGAAUCCAAAAAAAGAUUUAUGAUGUCUGAAGAGGAUUAUAAGCAAAUAAAUUAAUAGAAUAACGAAAAUAAAAAUCUCAAUGAACCUUAAAAUAUUAUUCUUUAUCCAUUUUUAGGUGAACUCAUCCCAAAAGAGACUAUUUUAGAACAGAUUAAAAAAUACUAAUUGGAAUAAUCAUCAUUUACAGUGAUUUAACCUAAUAUGGAAUAAAUGUAAACCUAAUAAAUUCCAUAAUAAAAUCAAAAUCAAUUUCUUCCUCUUUAAUUGAAUGGAGAACUAUUUGAAAAUAAUUAAUAAUAGUAAUAACAAUAAUAAUAGUAAUAAUAAUAACAAUAGUAACAAUAGUAACAAUAAUAACAAUAAUAACAAUAAUAAUAACAAGCAGUUUACGAAUAAUAAUUAGAAGCACUUUUAGAAGUUUGAUCAAUCAUAUAUGUAACUCUAAAUCAUUUAAAAUUUAUUAACUAUA